AUGUUAGAGGAUUCAGAUGAGGAAAUUGGCAAUGUUGGAGUAAGAGAAAUAUAUAUUUCUCCUCCUGAAGUUACCGAACUUACUGACGAAGACUCCGGGGAAGAAGACGAGGGAGGUUUUGUAGAUAAUUUAAAUAGAAAGCAAUUAUUAGCACCGGCGGAAGUUGUUUUCGAAAACAAUUAUCGAAUAUCUGAGGCUCCUGUACAUCCGAUCGAAAAUGACAAGCAGCCCACCUUAUCUAUAAAAGCAAACCUCAAAUUCGACUGGAUGGAUGGUGAUAUAAUUGAUAACAAGCCAGAACCAGCAGCUCCGAACUACACACAAUUUUGUAAUAAAUCAGUGGUAGAUAUCUUUGAGAUGUUUUUAGAUGACGACAUUAUCAAUUUUCUGGCAGAAGAAUCAAAUAAAUACGCAGGAUUCAUCAACUGUCCGUCACCAAAUAUUACCGAAGACGAAAUUAGAUGUUUUGUAGCAAUAUUAUACCUUACAGGAUAUGUUGUUUUACCCGGAAAAAGAUUUUAUUGGGACACAGGGGCAGAUAUGCACAAUAAAUUAGUUUCUGAUACCAUGCGACGAGACAGAUUUAUACAGAUUAUGAGAUUUAUUCAUUGCGCAGACAAUACGCAACUAGAUAAAAAAGAUAAAAUGGCCAAACUGCGACCAUUUAUUCAAAAAUUGAAGAAAAACUUUUUAAAUUAUUUUGUGCCAACACAAAAUUUGGACUACGAUGAAGCAAUGGUAAAAUACUAUGGACGUCAUCCAUGCAAACAAUAUAUAAAAGGAAAGCCCAUUAGGUUUGGGUAUAAGGUUUGGUCCCUAAACACCGAUUUUGGGUACUUGGUAAACUUUGAUAUUUAUCAAGGAAGUAAUCCAAACAAAAAUGACUCUUAUAAUUUCGAAUUUGGUGCAUGUGCCGCACCAUUAGUGAAGAUGAUUGACGAAUUGCCAAAUCAAACAUUCCGGCAUAAUAUAUAUUUUGAUAAUCUCUUUACUGGGUUACCUUUACUCUAUCAUCUCAAAGAAAGGGGCUAUGGUGCUACUGGAACGAUAAGGGAAAAUCGCCUUCCUAAGACAUGUCCUAUCAUUGACAAAAAAUCCGCCAAAAAAUGGAAAGAGGAACAUAUGUUUCGAAAAUGUGUAGAGAAACUGGCAUUUCAAUAG